UGGCGAUCCUCUUCCUACGUGAACCAAGCAAUCAAUCGUCUUGCUUCGAUCUACGGCAUCAACGCUCGUCGGGCCGUGGGUAUUUUGUCGCGUGUCACUGAGGAGCCCUUCCUUGACGACAGCAUACGAUCGGACGCUAGACACCGAAGGCUUCUACUAACGGGAAAAAGGCUGGGAGUUUAGGAAGACUGCUUGAGACGCCGCGAUGAUGAGCAAGGCAUGAGUCUCACCCAGGACGAUGGAUUAGGGCAAGCGCUAAUCCUCGCCGAUCAAUCGCUAACAUGGUCUAUUUCUUUGUGGUCUUCCUCGUUUUGUACGUAGUCAUCGGCUUUUUAGGCCAUUGGAUGUUUGGCACUAUCGCACCGCAUACUUAAGGCUGGUUUAUUAUCACUCUCUGAACAUGAACUAUGCUGAGUGGACGAGUCCCCCUUGAUUUAAAGGGAAACUGAGGGAGAAAAUACCAGGGGAGCCUACUCAACAAGCAACCAGGGGUAGUAAAAAAGUAAUUACCUGCUGUAUCUCUAACAUACUUUUCGCACGAUUCGCAAAGGGAUGAACAGCCAAUUCGAAAUGAUCAUUGUCGAGUUUCCAUUUGAUGAUGAAAAUAAUAUGAGUGCAGUGAAGUUCAGCAUGUUCUUCGCCUACCUGUUUAUGUUGAGGCUCGAAGGGGUAAUUGUUCAUCCCUGGACUCACCUGGUUACGUCCUUGUAUUACAUCUACAUGCAUCUUGUAAAGUAUUCCUAGGUAUUCAUCCUCAUCUUUGUUGCACUUGCAGUGCACACUGAAAAUCAAGUACUAACCAGCAGAAGCCAAACCGAAAGAUACCUUACAAUGAUGAACUAUGCCUUCAAUUGGCAAGCUCCAAUUUCGUUUGCAGUGAUCGAUUUUUUUACGCUGAUA